UUCGUCCAGACGCAGCCGAGAGCGUUAGUAGCGAAGUGAGUGCGCAGUGAGUUCUUUAGUUUCUAGAUUGUGAAAGUAGACGUACAAACAUGCAUAACGGAUUCAAUCGUCAAAAUACGAACUUUUUCACUAAUCAAAUGGGGAACAUGAAUAGAUUCCAGUCCCCUCAAAAUAACAUGAAUCGUAUGGGGAUGAUGUUUCAAAACCAAGGAGGACAGGGAUUUGUUCGUCCACAAAAUGUCGGCGGUCCGGUAACAAAUUUUGCACGGCCUCCCGUUUCGGUCAACAACUCGACUAAUGGAGGGACAGGAGUACAGUCUCGACUAGGACCACGUACUCCCAUCACGGCGCCGGGCAAAAAUGAACCUCCUGCGACAGCUGGGCGUCCCGUGCUUCGUAGACCUGGGUCCAUGGACAAGGACAAAACGCUGAAGCCAGAGGAUAAAACUCAAACUGCUGAUGAGAAAAACAAUGCUACCGGAAACAAGCCAGAGAUCGUCAGAGGUGCUGUUUCAUCGGCCACGCCAGGUAGUAAGAACGACUCCAAGCCUUCACCUGCCGCAACACCAAACAAAACUUCUGCCAAGGAUGCCCCUGUGGACGACCUGCCUCAGGCGACAGCUCCUUCUAAGUUUGGCGGCUCUCCUGCUGUGCGAAACUUCCCUGCGGCUUCACAACCUCCUCAGGGCAAGGCAGGUGCUGCGAAACAAGAUUCUGAAGAAGGACCGGCUAACACUCGGUUCGGUCCAGGCAAGGCUACUGGACCGAGCUCGGUCAACUCUCCCAAUCGUUUCGGCGUGAACGUGAACAGUUCCCCUAAUAAAUCAGGCACCGGGCCAGGAGAGAUUAAGCAUGAACAGACGCAAGAACGUGGACCCAACAACGUCUCUGAACAAAUUCAAGCACGUGGUCCUAACAAUGCUCCUGACCAAACACGUGGCGCAAAUAAUGCCCCUGAAAGGUACACUCCUAAUACUUCUGGUCCUGGUGGCAACGCCUCUCAGCACUCUCGACCUUAUGAGCCCAAAACUGGGAACCAGGGAGACCAAAGCUUCAACCGCAAUGCUGGACCCAACCUUGGACGACCUCCACCAACUAAUAGGAACCUCAACGAAGGUAGCAAUAAUCGCAACCAAGGCAACAAUGAUCGUAACCAAGGCAAUAUGGAUCGUAACCAAGGCAACAUGGAUCGCAAUCAAGGCAACAUGGAUCGCAGUCAAGGCAACAUGGAUCGCAAUCAAGGCAAAAAUGAUCGCAACCAAGGCAGAUUCGACCACGGCAGUGAUCAACAGGAUGGAAGGUUCGGCCAGCCGCAACGUACCAGCCGUUUCAAUGCGAACCACAACGUCUCUAAUACCAGUGACUCGAACCAACAAGACCGCAAUAAGAGCGGUGAUGGUGCAGCUAACCGAGUUGGGCAGGGGCCCGGCAGCCAUGGUGGUGGUAGCUCUCAGUGGUCUUCAGGGCCUCCUUCGUCAGGUGCUGCUGCGUCCGCCGCUAGCAAAGACGCUGCUUCGCGACGCGCGGCUCCUGAUAUGAACCGCAGUCGUGGGGGCUUUUCGCAGGAAAAGUUCUGGGAGCGUCUGCAGGAACUGUCCGGUCCGCAGUAUGACUUGGAUCCUCUGGAUAUGGCGGAGAAGAAGUUCAACGCUCAGAGCUGCCUCUUUGUGGGCAGUUUGCCCCGCGACUGCACGCUUGAAGAGCUCAAAGAAAUGUUCGGCAAGUAUGGCGAGCUGGGACAGGUUUACUUCAACAAGGACGGUGCUUACGCCUUCAUCAAUUUUGACUACCACGUGAACGCCGAGAAGGCGAUGCGUGAGUACAACGGCUCCCAGAUACGCGGCCGUUCGAUCAAAGUGCGUUUCGCGGCGAUCAAGACGGGCGUUCGCGUGAAGAACCUCACAAUAAAUGUGAGCAACGAGCUGCUGUACAAAGCGUUCAGCGUUUUUGGUUCAGUGGAGCAGAGUCGCGUGAUCGUUGAUGACCGCGGCAAGCCUACCGGAGAUGGCAUCGUUAUCUUCACAGAGAGGAAGUCUGCUAACAUGGCUUACAAGAAGUGCCAGGAGGAAUCCUUCUUCCUUACCAACCAGCUGCGGCCGGUGAUCGUGGAGCCGUGGGAGAACCGGGACGAGGAAGAAGGCUACCCUGAAUCUGGUCUCGUCAAGAACGAACAGUACAAGAAAGACAGGAAAGUGGGGCCCCGCUUCGCCGAGCCCAACAGCAUCGAGAGCGAGUAUGGCAAGCAGUGGAAGCAGCUCUUCGAUCUCUACAAGGAGAAGCGCCAGUCCUUGGAGGCUGAUCUCAAGGCGGAGAUGGACGCUCUUGAGGUCAAGAUGCAGCUCGUCGUGCAUCAGCAAGAGACUGAGAAACUCAGGAAAGAGCUUGCUCAGCGUGAACAAGAAGCCCUCCAGCUGCAGAUGGGCUUGGGGAACUUCAGAGAUAGCAAUCGUCCAUCUCAGUUGUCGACCGAUGAAUUCGGCAGUGGGUACGGCAAGCGCCCUCAGGAUUACUACGACGCCCCUGUCGACCAUCGCUCGCCGUACGAGACGUCGCGCCAAUACGACGACUAUUAUCCCCAGCAGCGAGGGGGUUACGAUCGUCCUGACGACCGUGCUGCAGGUUACGGGCGCGGCCAGACCGGCUACGAUGCCAGACCCGCCGGCUACGAUGGUCGCAGCCAAGGAUAUGACGGUCGUGGUGCCAACUAUGAUGCUCGGACGCAAGGUUAUGAGGCUCGCAGUGGAGGGCGGUAUGAUGCUACCAACCAAGGCUAUGGUUACGAAUCUGCUUCUGCUGGCAGUCCUUACGAAACAGCUUCUCAGAAAACCGGAAAUCAAGCCCAGUUACCGCCAUCGGCCGCUGUUGCUGCUGCUGGCGGUCCAGCUGCGGCUGGUUAUGACAUGCCAACUGGUGCUGCUGCUUCCACUGGCGGCCCAGGUGCAAAUUCUAUUGGGGAUGUCGCUGAUAGCUACGCUGCCAGUGCGGGCGGAUAUUCCCGGUCUUCUACCGCCGCUGCUGCUGGCAGUGCAGGGUACGGAAGGUCGUCAGCUGCAGGAGGCGCAUCAUCGAGCGGAGGUUAUGGCCGAUCUACAGCCGGCAGUGCGGGUGGUGGCUACGAGCGAGCGCCUACUGCCUCUGGGCAAGGUUACGAUGUUGGCCAACAAGGCUCAUCUCCUUAUGAAUCCUCAUCUAAGAGAAGUCGCUACUAAAUGAAAUUUUCAAGUGCACGCCGUGCAGAGUGUCUGUGCAAUGCAACGUUGAAAGGGGAGCUUACAGCCAGUCGGGGGUAAAACAUGUCGUUGCUUGUAUCGUUAUAAUGAUGGACGUAGCAGCGUGCUAGGGGAAGGCUGUAUACAAGUUUAUUUUUAUUAACUAUUUCUCUAUCGAAUAAGGCUUCUUAUUUUUGUUCAAAGCACAGCCGUCUUAGGAUGAAGAAAACACGCCCGGCAAUAGCGAGCGUUAUAAUGUCCUCCUUGAUAUGUCAAUGACGAAGUCGAGGUAAGACCCACUGCUAUUAAAUAUUUAGGGAGUAUGUUUACUGAUGUCCGAGUUUAACAGUACGAUGAUUAACGUUUAUUUCAUGGCGUCUGGUGAGUGCCGUGUUGACAGUUGUGUAGUGAAAUUAAUUUCAAUUGCACUUUCAUUGAAGUUGUGUUCGCGUGCUCGAGGAGUUAAAGGGCAUUUGACGCCCUAGUUCAGCUAGAACUAAUGUCAAUGGAAAUAGUUAAGCUCGAUUUAUUAGAUGCGUUCAUUAAAAUUAGCUUGCUCUCUGUGCAUUUAUUCAAUUUGAAUUGAACGAUGAACGCCCCUUCGUUUUGGUAAUUUAAAAUGAACUUUUAGUGUAAAAUAAAACGUACAAUUAUUACGUUGUAGUUAAAACUAGUUGUACUGUAAGAUUAGAAACUUAUGUCACUAAUUAAAUCUGUACGAAAAUUUAA